CUUAUGGCUAUGAAGUCCGUUUUCGUCACCGUGGGCACCACUAGUUUCGACGAGCUCAUAACCUGUGUGUCUUCGCGGGCUACUCUCCAGAAAUGUCAGCUGAGGCACACAGAAAGGUACCAAGCAUCAAACACUCAGCACUGACAUCAGCACCCCGAGAAGCCUGUGAAUUAAAGCUUUCGUUAGAAAUAGGAGGAAACUUGAAGAUACUCAAGAGACUUGGUUAUCGAAAACUUGUUCUACAGAUUGGCAGAGGCAGAGUGGUACCAGACUCCUUCGCUUCGACAUCUUUUUCUUUGAUUGUUUAUAGGUACAAGAAUUCCUUGAAAGAAGACAUUAAAAGAUCAGAUCUUAUCAUUAGCCAUGCAGGUGCAGGGAGCUGCUUGGAGGCCCUGGAAGAAGGGAAGCCCUUGGUGGUGGUCGUAAACGAAAAGCUGAUGGACAAUCACCAGUUAGAGCUGGCCAGACAGCUGCACAGAGAAGGGUAUCUUUUCUAUUGCACAUGCAGCACCCUUCUUGAGCUGUUAAAAUCAAAGGACUUAUCGUCAUUGAAACGUUUUCCUCCUGGCAAGCCAGAGAUAUUCUCUGAAUUUUUGGAUCAAGUUGUGGGAUUGAAAAAAUUAAUGUCAACCUCUCAGUCUCAACCUUUUUGACCCAUCCAUGGGAAAACACAUAGAUAGACACAUAGCCAAGCCUUCCUGGACAAUGCACUCCUGUCUUUACUGUAUUUUUACAGUAUGACACGUCCUUAAUAAAUUUUCUACAUCUAAAGGCUGCAUUCGAA